UCCAGUAUAGUUCCUCCGGUUCCUUCAGCCUCAUCUAUUCCUGACACCUCAGAGCCCAUGCAGUUGGGUCUCCUCCGUCCUUCCCUGACGCCCGAAGAACGACAACGCCGCAGGGUCAACAACUUAUGCCUGUAUUGCGGAGAGGCCGGGCACUACGUGAGGACCUGUCCUGCCAAACUUCGUAAGUGUCUGUCCAUGUCUUCCGUUCACCUACCUGUUCUGCCAAGUAAUUCCGCUCAUCUGGCUAUUCCUAUUCUCUUCCAGCUUCCAGGAGAGUCCAUCCAAGUCAGCGCUAUAAUUGACUCAGGGGCCUGCAGCUGCUUUUUGGACCAGUCUUUCGCCAUCAAGCAUCGGAUCCCUCUUCGUCCCAGGACUACUGGACUCUCUGUUUACCUAGCGGAUGGCUCGGUGCUAAAAUCCGGACCAGUCACCCGAGAAACCCAGCCUCUACCCACCACCAUUGCUGAAAAUCACCAUGAAUUGCUAUGCCUAGAUGUGAUUCACUCUCCCCUGUUUCCUGUCAUACUGGGGGUACCAUGGCUUCAAAUUCACAACCCGCAGAUUGACUGGACCACGGGCAAGGUCAGCUUCGGUUCUCUGUUCUGCCGACAGCACUGCUUACAAGUGUCACCUCCUCCUCUGCCUUUACUUUGUAUGGACUUCGACAUCGAGACCCGUCAAUCUGUUCCAGAAGCUUACCACGACUACCUGGAUGUUUUCAGCAAGAAGGGGGCUGAGACCCUUCCACCACACAGGGCCUACGAUUGCCCCAUUGAACUCCUUCCAGGUGCUGAAGUUCCCUUCGGAAGGAUCUUUCCCUUAACAGGACUUGAACUAGAGACUUUAAAAACAUACAUCGAUGAAAGUCUGAGGAAGGGGUUCAUCCGCCCAUCCACAUCACCCGCGGGAGCAGGCAUCUUUUUUGUGGAAAAAAAAGACCAUUCCCUUCGCCCUUGUGUGGACUAUCGGGAACUUAAUAAGAUAACAAUUAAGAACCGGUACCCUCUCCCCUUGGUGCCUGAACUGUUUCAACGUCUUGGGUCCGCGGUUGUCUUUACCAAACUAGACCUCCGUGGGGCCUACAACUUAGUCCGCAUACGUGAAGGGGAUGAGUGGAAAACCGCUUUUCGUACCCGUUUCGGGCACUUCGAAUAUUUAGUCAUGCCCUUCGGGCUCUGUAACGCCCCAGCAACGUUCCAACACUUCGUGAAUGACAUUUUUAGAGACUACCUGGACCUCUUUGUCAUCAUUUAUCUGGACGAUAUCCUGAUCUUCUCCCCUUCUCUGGAAAAACACCGGCUACACGUCAGGAAUGUACUUGAGCGUCUCCGAACCCACGGACUGUAUGCCAAACCCGAUAAAUGCGAGUUCGAACGCUCAAGUAUACAGUUCCUGGGGCUUAUAAUUUCCAUAAAAGGCGUUGAGAUGGACCCCCAGAAGGUCUCAGCGAUUCUCGACUGGCCAGCACCUACGGACCGAAAGGGCGUUCAGCGAUUUGUCGGCUUCUCAAAUUUUUAUAGGAAAUUCAUCAGAGCUUUCUCCAGCAUCAUUGCUCCUAUAACGGAUUUGACCAAACAGACUGCUCGUUUCCGCUGGACUACAGAAGCCCAAACAGCCUUUGAAACCCUGAAGAACUUGUUUACUUCGGCAUCCAUUCUCAGACACCCCGACGCGAGUUUGCCAUACAUUCUUGAGGUGGAUGCGUCUGAAACCGCGGUUGGGGCAGUUCUUUCGCAGAGACAGGGCCCCAAGGCUCUGUUACACCCCGUUGCUUACUUCUCCCGUAAGUUGUCUGAAGCAGAAAGAAAUUAUGACGUCGGGGACCGAGAGUUGUUGGCAAUAAAGGCCGCUCUGGAGGAGUGGCGUUACCUCCUGGAGGGCGCAGCGCACCCAAUUUUAAUUUACACUGACCACAAGAAUCUCGAGUACCUGAAGGUGGCCAAGAGACUUAAACCACGCCAGGCCAGAUGGGCACUUUUUUUUACGAGAUUCUCUUUUCAUAUCACAUACAGGCCAGGGUCAAAAAACACCAAGCCGGAUGCUCUUUCCCGCAUGUACGGAGAUUCAGGGUCUCUCAGUCCCCCUGACACCAUCUUGUCAUCUGGGAACUUUCUAUUGUUACAAAGGGACUUAUUACCGCAAAUCAGGCAAGCCUCUGCUGGAAUUUUCCCUUUAUCUGGUUCGGAGCUGCAGUCCAGGGACGGUUUGCUAUGGCAUCAGGACAAGAUCUUCGUGCCCGAGAGUCUACGAAUUGAUGUUCUGAGCUCUUGUCACGAUCAUGAGUUGGCCGGUCACUUUGGGAUACAAAAAACCGCGGAACUUUUGCAACGCACCUUUUGGUGGCCUCAACUUCUGAAGGACUGCAAGGACUAUGUGGAGUCUUGCACCACGUGCAUUCGCAACAAGGGAAGCAAGCUUAGAGCCUGGGGACUCCUUAAACCGUUAUCAGUGCCAGAGAGACCAUGGAGAAUGAUCUCCAUGGAUUUCAUUGUGGAACUUCCCCCAUCAGAAGGCUUCACCACUAUCUUUGUGGUCGUGGACAGGCUCUCAAAGAUGGCACACUUUGUCCCUUUGAAAGGCACACCCUCUGCCCCGGAAACAGCCAAAGUUUUCAUCAGGGAAAUUGUUAGGCUUCACGGCGUCCCAGCGGACAUCGUGUCCGAUCGGGGGGUGCAGUUCACGUCUAGGUUCUGGAGGGCACUCUGCAGUAGUCUCAAAAUCGGUCUCUCCUUUUCAUCAGCAUACCACCCACAGUCAAAUGGGCAGACGGAGAGAACAAAUCAAACUCUUGAGCAGUAUCUCCGCUGCUUCUCCUCGUUCUCUCAAGAAGAUUGGGUGUCCCUGCUGCCCUUAGCGGAAUUCGCUUACAAUAAUUCUAUUCACUCCGCCACCAAACAGUCACCCUUUUAUGCCAACUACGGGUUUCAUCCUCUGUUCCUGUCUAAUUCUAUUCCGGAGAGUACGGUACCCGCUGUCCAGGAUACUCUAAACUUUUUCAACACAAAUAACAGGAUCCUGCAGGAGACAAUGACUAAGACACAGGAACGCAAUAAAGAGAUCUUUGACAGGGGAAGAAGAGGAGAACUCAAUCUGGAACCUGGAACCAAAGUUUAUUUGUCCACUCUGAAUCUAAGACUUGCAUGUCCCACGAAGAAGCUAGGCCCUAAAUUUGUGGGCCCCUUCUCUGUUAAAAGAAAGAUAAAUGAGGUAGCCUACGAACUUGAUUUACCAGAAACCUUUCGAAUUCAUCCAGUCUUCCAUGUUGCUUUGCUCAAGCCGGAUGUUCCCAAUCCCUUUCCUGAACGAGAUACUGGUCCCCCAGAACCGGUAUUAGUCAAUGGGGAAGAAGAAUUUGAGGUAGAAUCCAUCCUUGAUUGCAGGAGGAGACGCAACCAAAUUCAGUUCCUCGUUAAAUGGAAGGGGUAUGGGCCCGAGGAGAAUUCAUGGGAACCAGAGGACAACAUACAUGCUGAGAGACUAAUCCAAUCAUUUAAGGACUCGCAUCCACUGGAGAUGUCUCGAUUGGGCAUCCGGAGGCUGCCCAUUGGAGGGGGGCAAUGUCAUGAAAUACCUCAGCCACCAGAUGGCGCUAGGUGUAGCCUCCCCCCUGAUGACGGAAGUGGAGUCCGGCCUGUCAAUAUGGCUGUCGCUGCAGCUACCGCUGUGAAUAGGCACGGCUCUGCGGGAAGGAUGGAGGGGAUGAGCAGGCACAGCCGGACGGGUCCGGGGGGAGCGGUGAAGGUUCUGGAAUGUGGUGUCUGUGAAGAUGUGUUCACACUACAAGGGGACAAAGUUCCACGCUUGUUGCUGUGCGGCCAUACGGUCUGCCAUGACUGCCUGACACGCCUGCCACUGCAUGGAAGAGCCAUACGCUGCCCCUUCGACCGGCAGGUCACAGAACUAGGAGACUCUGGAGUAUGGGGACUUAAGAAAAAUUUUGCUUUAUUGGAGCUUCUUGAGCGGCUACAGAACGGGGCGAGCGGCCAGUGCAGUUCUUCAGAGGAGUCUAUAGGAGGAUCUGGAGAGAGUAUAGUCCGCUGUGAUGAAGAUGAAGCCCACGUGGCGUCGGUAUACUGCACUGUAUGCGCCACUCACCUGUGUGCCGACUGCGCCCUGCACACCCAUUCUACAAAGACCUUGGCCAAACACCGGCGUGUCCCUUUAGCCGACAAACCGUAUGAGAAAACUCUCUGCUCCCAACACCAAGUCCAUGCCAUUGAGUUUGUGUGCUUAGAUAAUGGCUGCCAGACCAGCCCGCUCAUGUGCUGUGUGUGCAAGGAGUAUGGAAAACACCAAGGACACAAGCAUGCUGUUCUGGAGUCAGAAGCCAGCCAGAUUCGUGCCUCAAUUCUGGAUAUGGCACAUUGCAUAAGGAGCUUCACUGAAGAGAUCUCGGAGUAUUCCCGCAAGCUGACGGGCAUCGUUCAGCAGAUUGAAGGGGGAGAGCACAUUGUGGAAGAUGGCAUUGGAAUGGCACACACUGAACAUGUCCCAGGGACAGCAGAAAAUGCCCGCUCUUGUGUUCGAGCCUAUUUCUCUGAUUUACAUGAAACGCUGUGCCGUCAGGAGGAAAUGGCGCUCAGUGUUGUGGAUGCACAUGUGAGAGAGCAGCUCAUCUGGCUGAGGCAGCAACAAGAAAACAUGACCAUCCUAUUGUCCGAGGUGUCCACUGCUUGUCUGCAUUGUGAGAAGGCUCUGCAGCAGGAUGACUGCAGAGUGGUUCUGGCCAAGCAGGAGAUCACCCGGCUAUUGGAGACUCUUCAGAAACAACAGCAGCAGUUUACUGAUCUGGCAGAUCACAUCCAGCUGGAUGCUAGUAUUCCUGUUACAUUCACAAAGGACAAUAGAGUUCACAUUGGUCCAAAAAUGGAAAUUCGAGUUGUGACUCUAGGCCUGGAUGGAGCAGGAAAAACAACCAUUUUAUUUAAGUUAAAGCAGGAUGAAUUUAUGCAACCAAUCCCAACCAUUGGUUUCAAUGUUGAAACAGUUGAAUAUAAAAACUUGAAAUUUACUAUUUGGGAUGUUGGCGGCAAACACAAGCUGAGACCUCUGUGGAAGCAUUAUUAUCUUAAUACUCAAGCUGUAGUAUUUGUAAUAGACAGCAGCCACCGUGACCGUAUCACUGAGGCCCAUAGUGAACUUGCAAAGCUUCUUACAGAGAAGGAACUGCGUGACGCACUGCUAUUAAUAUUUGCCAAUAAACAGGAUGUCACAGGUGCCCUAUCCGUGGAAGAAAUGACAGAGCUACUGAGCCUUCACAAACUGUGUUGUGGUCGCAGCUGGUAUAUCCAGGGCUGCGAUGCCCGCAGUGGUAUGGGGCUAUAUGAUGGCCUUGACUGGCUCUCCAGGCAGCUGGUAGCAGCUGGUGUGCUGGAUGUUGCCUAAGAAUCAGCAUUUGUGGUUAAAUUGUCUGACUUUCUAAAUGUAUCUGGUACAUAGAGAUUGUUGGGUCAUUUCAGUGGCUAAUGUCACAUGGGCAAUUUGUGUGGCCUGAUAUUUUAGCCUAUGGAGCCUGGUGAAUAUACACUGUGGGCAUAGCAGGCAAGCUAAGGGAGAAGGCCUUGUCACCAUAGUACAUGUUAGAAAUGCUGCAGGCAGCUUUUGUUGGGUGUGGCAGUGCUUAUGUGACCUGAACCCGUAAAACCAUUUAUUUUUAUGUGUGGGCAAAUAGAAUAUACAAGCUUUCAGCUCCUGUAGUUUAAAAUAUUCAGGUGAGCAAAUGCACUGUAUGACAUUGGCCUAAAUCAUCACUGUAUCUACUGUUAAUAAGCUAAAAGAACCAGUCACAACUGUGCUUAUGCAAGAAUCUGCAUGUGUAGUUUUAAAUUGGUGUUACAUAGUCUUCAUAUAAAGGCUCCCCUGCGUGGGAUUACCUUCUCUAGGGGUGUUCGGGGGGGGGGGGGGUCAAAGGUCACCCAAAGCCUGCAGUUGCUGCCUGACCCAUCCUAAAAAAAUAUUAUAAGUUUGUACUAAUUCAAAUGACCAUUCAGAUUCUUGCACAAGCCCUGGUUUUCUUUUUCCUUCAUUUUUAAAUAGCUAGUAGAAAAGAUUGCUGAGAUCUAUGGUAAUAUCUGACUGUGAAGAUUACUGCGUCAACACUAGCGGCUCAUCCUUAUAAUAUAACAGUCUAAUGUUUACACUACA